GUCAUCUAGUGGUACAGCUGAUGUCAUUGCCAGUGUGUCACUUCCUGAUAAAAGACAGAUUGAACCUUCACUGCAUUUUCAUAAAAUCAUCUCGGGCUUCAGCUGCUUCAUCAAGAGAAACAACAGCACUUAUAUCAUCGGAUCAUUUUUUUAAUGUCCAUCAGCAUGUGGUUUCUCAUUGUAUUUUUAAUCAGUAUGGAGGAUCUGGUGACCGGUGGAUGGGAUGAGUUCAAGACAGUGAUGGAGAGAGAGGCUCUGACUUUGCAAACAGGAAUAUCUGAACUCAAAGGAGAUGAUGAGACAAUGUGGCUGUUUACAGCCGGCAGCCAAACCACCCGAAUAGCACAGAUGUACCGUAGUAAAGUAUGGCUUCAUAAGAGACUGGCUGACAGACUGCAGCUUGACCAGCAGACAGGAUCACUGACCAUCUUUAACAUCAGCGUCAGUGAAUCUGGACUUUAUAAGCUCGCUCUCACCAUCAAUGAUUUAAUCUCUAGGAAAACAUUCAGAGUCGAUGUAUAUGCACCAGUUUCUGUUCCUGUCAUUAGUGGUGGCUUAUUGGUCAAUGCAAACCAUGUUAAAGAAUUUCCAAAUAGAGAUUUCUGCUCUGUGUUCUGCUCGGUGAAGAAUGAUCGAGACGUGUCUAUCUCGUGGUAUAAAGGGAGUGAAAUAGUGAAUCAGAACAGCAAUCCUGAUCUGAGCAUCAACCUCAGUUUAUCAUUGGAUCUUCAUUAUAAUGAUUCAGAGACCUACAGAUGCACGGCUGUGAAUCCAGUGAGCAAUAAGAGCGUCCGUCUUCACAAGAAAGAGAUCUGCUCACCACAGGAAGCACCGGUUUCUGUGCCGGUCAUCACUGGUGGCUCAUUGGUCAGUGCAAACCAUUCUGAAGAUUGUCUGGAUAACUGUGGCGUCUCUGAGGCUCUGGUUCGUCUGGUUCUGUCUGGUCUGGUGGGAAUCACCGCUGUUGGAUUUCUUGUUGAACAUCUGAUGUUCUGCUCAUCUCAGAGAAGAGCUGCUGCUUCUGUGUGAUGGUGAUACUUUUGUGAGACCAACCAACAUGUCAUACAGAAUACAUAUGGGGCUUUAGUUAUGAGUCAAGUCACCUUUAUGUGUAUAAUGCUUUAUAGAGUUGGUUGUGUCAAUACA